CACUCUCCAACUUUUUAUUUUAGUUUUACACAGAUCUAUUGUAUACAAAUUUAAGCAUUUGAAAUAAUAAACGUACUUACUUCUCCAUAAACACAAACACUCCCCCCACUUAAAAAAUUGUUAGAGCCAGGAGUAGUGGCACACACCUUUAAUCCCAGCAAAAGAGGCAGAGGCAAAGCCAGGCAGAUCUCGGCGUGUUCAGGUUCGGCCUGGUUUACAUGGUGAGUUCCAGGACAGUCAGGGCUACACAGAAGUACGUACGCUAUAAUUCAAUUUAAUAGAAAAAGAGUUAAAUGAAUUUAUUUUUCUUCUUGACAUGGUCUCCUUAUGUAACCCAGACUGGCCUCCAACUCCUAGCUAUCCUCCUGCCUGCGUCUUUGAAUGCUGGCCUUACCCAAGCCGAGCAUCACCGCUGGCCUCAUCUACAUAUUAAUAAACCUGGCGAAAAACUACGAUGCAAUUAAAAAACCUUCCCCCAUUCCAUUUCCGACCUCGCUCAGCACAUUGCUAAGCCCUGUAACCUCAGUGCGGAGACUAAGCGAGCAGAGCCACGGGUUCAAGACUUCUGAGUCCUCCUCCUCUGAGGACACAAGCCGGGUUUGUGAAAUGCAUCAACAGGCGGUCCAGAGGCCGACCGCCAGGUUUCACAUCAGCAGGACGCACGCCGGGAGACCGGGAAGACAGACACCCACGUCCUCACAAUCCUCGGCUGCGACUGCGUACAGCGAGGUCGCUCCUCCAACCCUACCGAAGCGGCCGUCAUACUGAAGGGCAAACGGGGCGCUGCGGGCAGUGCGCGCCCGGGAGACGCCGCGUCUGUUAAGGCUGCAGCCGUGACGCUUGAAGCUAAGCCGUCGCCACGUUUUCUGAGGCAUCUUCCGGUCCCUUCAGCCGAGUCCCGUCUCUGUGCGAGCCGCUGUGGCGUAAACACUGCGGAGCGCUUCCAUCCCGGCCGGUCGCUCGCUGCCCACUUGGUUCGGUUCGCGCGGAGAGCCGCCGGGACCGGGGGCGUGGCUUCCCCGGGACCCGGAAGUCGGAAGCUGGGUCGCCCAGACGCUACCCCGGCAGCAUCCCGGAUGGCGCCACCACCGGCUUCUCCGCUGAUGCCGAUGCCUGGGGAGAUCUGGCCGGGUUUCAGGAAGCCUGAGCCCGUGAGCUUCGCGGACGUGGCCGUGUACUUCUCCCCGCAGGAGUGGGGGUGUCUGCGGCCCGCGCAGAGAGCGCUGUACCGGGAAGUGAUGCGCGAGACCUACGGCCUCCUGGGCGCGCUCGGGUUCCUGGGCCCCAAACCAGCCCUCAUCUCUUGGAUGGAACAGGAGAGUGAGGCUUGGAGCCCCGCCGCCCAAGAUCCUGAGGAGGGGGAAAGCCUGGGAGGAGCUCCAAGAGGAGACGCUCCAGAUAAGAAGAAGCGGGUUGUCAGGAGGCCAGCAGAGAGCCCUGCUCAGCGGCAACCUAAAUUGAUGAUUGAACAUAAUUAUUCCAUGGCUACCAAGGCCUCCGCAAGGGCACAGCCUCCUACCAAAGCUGCCCCACACCAGACAGCAGGUUCGAAGGCGCCCAGCACGGACACACAGACCAGCCAGCGCCGCCACGUGUGCGCGGACUGUGGGCGCCGGUUCACCUACCCGUCUAUGCUGCUCAGCCACCGGCGCAUGCACUCGGGGGAGCGGCCCUACCCCUGCCCGGAGUGCGACAUGCGCUUCAAGAGGAAGUUCGCCGUGGUGACGCACCAGUGGAUCCACCGGUCCUCCUCAGGGGGUCGCCGAGGCCGAAGGCCUGGCAUCCGGGCCGUGCCUGGAGCCCCAGUCCGAGGGGACCGGGAUCCACCCGUGCUCUUCCGGCACUACCCAGACAUCUUUGAGGAGUGUGGGUGAGCUGAACGGCCGCCUCCGGCAGGAGCCGAGCAUGAACUUGGCAUUCAGAGCCAACUGAGUCAAGGCCUGGGAGAAAUAUAUCCCUUUGACUUUUCUCAAGGAUCCCUUGUAAACCUGUUAAAAAGAAAAGUGCCUGUAAAGAUUCGUACAGAUUAAACCUGCCCCCAGCCCCCUGCCCCCUGCCCCCUUCCCUGGUGUUUUAUGUUUAAAAAAAAAAAAAGUGGGGCUGGUCAGGGGUGUGAGUUGGCACAGUACUAUUUUGGUCAGGGUUCUCAAGAGGAACAGAACGGAGGGGAUGAACACACACACACACACACACACACACACACGGUAUAGGUAUGGGUAAAGGCAAAGAACUAAAGGCAAGAGGAGGACCUAACUUUUGAAAUGCUUUUUAUCCUGGGCCUGCAGUAGGAGGCACUUUGCCACGUCAGUUAGAACAAUACUUCAGGUGAGGCUCCCUAUUCAGGUUGUUCUAAUUUGUGCAAAUUGACACUAAAACCAACCAUAUUAGUUCACCCUUGUUAACUUGAUACAGAAAUACAGCAUUUUAAAAACCAUAAAAUUAUGCAUGCACACCUGCCUAUACAAUACCUAUAUAAAUAUAUAUUUUGUUCUUUGAUAACAUGUAACUCUGGUUGGCCUGGGACUCACUGAGAUCCACCUGCCUUGGCCUCCCAAAUGCGGUGUAGGGGGAUUUUAAUUCAGCAACACGGCCACUCUGGUUGGCAUAUACAGACAUGCCCUUAAUCCCACCUUUAAUCCCAAUGAAGGUAAAAGUUGGUUUGUAGAAGGAAGCACCCCUGUUUGAAAGCGAUGUCUAAUGCAGACAAAGUGAUGAAGGCAGAGAACGAUUUGACAGAAUAGGAUGUGCCCAACUCUCACAAGAACUGAGAGGAGAGAUGACAGGGGGAGAGAGAGGAGGCAGUUUUUUUUAUUCUUUAGUUUUCCCAGAGCUGAGGGCCAAACCCAGGGCCUCGUUGCUUAGCUAGGCAAGCGCUCUACCACUGAGCUAAAUCCCCAACCCCGAGAGGAGGCAGUUUUACAGAGAUAGGCUGUAAAGAGAACACGCUAGACACAGGUGAAGACAGAUGAGCCAGAGAAUGAGGAGCCAGAAGAUUAGAACAGAUUGCUAGAGUUAGAGGCCAAGCAGAGCGAAGUGUCAGAAGCUGAGAGAAGCCAGGUUGCAUCAAUCAGCUUGGAGAGGAGUCUGAGCCAGAACAGCUGAGUUGAACCAGCCAGCUCAGGGCUCAGAACUAGAAAGAGUGAGUUUACUCAGUAGUAAGUUUCAGAGGCUGAAAGUAUUCUAGGCCUAGAUUAGAUUGUACGGAGGCUAGAAGCUUCCAGGACUAGGCUUAGGUUAGCAGAUGGAGGCAGUGAAGCCUCAGAGACAACAGUUACAUCAGGCAAAUAACAGUUAUUCUUAGCAGUGCUGGGAUUAAGGAUGUGUGCAAAAAAAAAGCCUUUUAAUUUAUUUAUUUAUUUUGGGGUUUUAAGACAGGGUUUCUCUGUGUAGCCCCAGCUGUUCUGGAACUCGCUCUGUAGACCAUGCUGGCCUCAGACUCACAGAGACCCACCAGCCUCUGCCUCUGAGUACUCGACUGCCCAGCAAACUUUUUUUAAAAUAGGAAUGAUGCUGAGAUGCACAUAGGCUGGAGGCAUUUCAUUUAGAAAAGGCAAGCACAUAGCCAGUAUAAAUGUCUGUUCCAGUAAGGAGAAAGUGCUAGCUCCUCCAUGGUGGGCAUGGUCCAGUUAUAACCAACCUGCCACCAGGUAGUUGCUGGCCAUCCCUGGGAAUGGGACCACAUUAAGGACUCAGUUAUUGGCUCCUGCUGUUGGCUCAGCAGCAACUGUAGGCCAAAUAGCUUUAGUAGGUGGAAGUUAAGCUCACACCUAACCUUCAGUUCUGUCACCAUGGCCACUUUGUUCAUGGUCCCAUUGGCCAGUGAUGGGAAUGGCUGGGGAAGGAGCCUGACUGUCCACAGAAUGGGUCGUCCUAUUUACUUGAUUAUUGAAUUCCUCCUCUUUUGACGUCAUCCUUUGAUGACCAUUUACAAGAGACACAAAUAUGUUUACAUUCUUUGCCCAUGUGGAGAGAUCUGUUUACACACUUUUUUCCCCAGUUGUCUUUCUCUCCAAUUUCCCACUCAUGCUUCUUCCAAGUCAUUGGCUGCAGUCCAUGAAUCAGUGAACAACCACACAUCUGGUUAUUUCUCUUCCAAGCAAAAUUCAUGGCUAUGUAUAGUUCCCAAAGUUUUGCCCACCGUGAAGAUUUUAUGUUGCGGAUUGGUCUGGUGUUAUAUGUAUGCAGAUGUUAAAUUCUGGGCCCCAAGAUUUGGCUGCAGUCCAGACAAGUGCAUUCUCAUGUACACUGAUCUAUUGUUGUGUAAACUUUUGUUAUCCAGUUAUCUCUGAUUGGUUAAUAAAAAAUCUGGACAGCCUGUAACUGGGCAGAA